GGUUGUUUACGUUAUAGGCUGCUGUUAGCCUUCAGUCAACAUCGCCUUACAUCAGUAGCCUAAUGAUCCAGUAGCUCCAAGGGUAUAACAGCACAAGGAUGAUUCAAUGUUGAUAGCUCAACACUGGUGCAACAUCAGGUGGUGGACGAGAUCAUUAAACAAUCUGCGCUGCAGCAGAGGGGAAUCGGCCCAGUGAGAUCAUUAAAAAAGUCUGCGCUGUAGCAGAGGGGAAUCGGCCCAGUGAGCACCUAGCGGACUUUCUCCAGGCCUGGCAGUGAACCACGCUGCCCACAACAGGGAGCAGAGGGAGGGAGCGUUAACUAUGUGAAUGCCCUGGAGGAUCGGCCGUGCUGAACCAGGAUCUCGGGGUGGUAUGGACGUUGUGAGAGCGUCUCCACAGUGAAGCUCAGCUGCUCCUUCAGGAAAUUCAUGAUGGUCCCAGUCCUGUUUUUAGUGACCACCACGAUCACAGUCAAUAACUCCAUGAAUGAGACGAAUGGGGACUCCGGGUCUGCCAGUCCACACAUCCUCCCCUCUGUGCUGGUGAUUUCCCUGCUUCUCCUCAUCUUCAUCCUUCUGGCCGUGUACUUCCUCAGGUUUAGACACCAUAGGAAGGCAGACGUUACUACAGUUGACAAGAAGCUACCGAAUGGCUUCUUGGAAGAACAAGGGUCACAUUGCUGCCUUCCCCAACUGCAUCGGUCAGAGCAGCAGACGGUGGUUCUGCUCCCCAAAUCCCUGCCCAUGUCCAAGUACUUCCCCAUCCCCGUGUCCUGCCUGGAGGACGAGUACCGGCAGCGUUCGGCUGACGACGGAAAGAUGUUCCGCGAGGAGUACAGCUCGCUGCCCGGUGGCUACACUCAAGGCACCUGUGAAGUGGCAAACAAAGAUGAGAACCGGGAGAAGAACAGAUACCCCAACAUCCUCCCCUAUGACCACUCCAGGGUUGUGUUAACACAGAUCGAUGGGAUUAAGUGCUCUGAUUACAUAAAUGCCUCGUAUAUUGAUGGUUACAAAGACAAAAACAAAUUCAUUGCUGCACAAGGUCCCAAACCAGAGACAGUGGCUGACUUCUGGAGGAUGAUUUGGGAGCAGAAGACCACAACGAUAGUGAUGCUGACGAACGUGAAAGAGAGAAAAGAGGAUAAGUGCCACCAGUACUGGCCAGAACAGGGCUGCUGGUGCUAUGGAAACGUGAGGGUGGUGGUGGAGGACUGCACUGUGCUGGUGGACUACACCAUACGGAAGUUCUGUGUGCAAUAUCAGGGCGGCGAUGGCUUCAAAGCUCCCAGGCUGGUCACGCAGCUGCACUUCACCAGCUGGCCUGAUUUCGGGGUGCCCUUCACCCCCAUCGGCAUGCUCAAGUUCCUCAAGAAGGUGAAGUUGGUCAACCCGUCGCAUGCGGGGCCCAUUGUGGUGCACUGCAGUGCUGGCGUGGGACGGACGGGCACCUUCAUCGUCAUCGACGGCAUGAUCGACAUGAUGCACAUGGAGCAGAAGAUCGACGUCUUCUCCUUUGUGUCCAGAAUACGAAAUCAGCGCUCGCAGCUGAUCCAGACUGAUAUGCAGUACUCAUUCAUCUACCAGGCCCUGCUGGAAUACUACCUCUACGGAGACACAGAGCUGGACAUAUCCUCUCUGGAGGGACACCUGCACAAGCUCCACAACACGCUGGUGCCACUGGACCGGAUCGGGCUGGAGGAGGAGUUCAAGAAAUUGACAAAUGUGAGGAUAAUGAAGGAGAGCAUGAGGGUCGGGAACCUUCAGGCAAACAUGAAGAAGAACCGAGUCCUCCAGAUCAUACCAUAUGAUUUCAACAGAGUUAUCCUAUCGAUAAAAAGGGGCCAAGAAUUCACAGACUACAUCAAUGCAUCCUUCAUAGAUGGCUACAGGCAGAAGGACUACUACAUCGCUACUCAGGGCCCCCUGGCCCAGACGGUGGAGGACUUCUGGAGGAUGGUGUGGGAGUGGAGGUGCCACUCCAUCGUCAUGCUAACCGAGCUGCAGGAGAGGGAGCAGGAUAAGUGUUUCCAGUACUGGCCAGCAGAGGGCAGUGUUACACAUGGAGAUUAUGCAGUGGAGCUGAAGGUGGACACGCUGUCUGACAGCUUCAGCCUGCGGGACCUGGUGCUCACCUACGUUCCGGAUAAAGAGACGCGGUUCGUCCGCCAUUUUCACUUCCACGGCUGGCCUGAGGUGGGGAUCCCGGCCGAGGGGAACGGCAUGAUCGACUUCAUCGCCGCCGUACAGAGGCAGCAGCAGCAGUCUGGAAACCACCCCAUAGUAGUACACUGCAGCGCUGGUGCAGGGAGGACUGGCACCUUCAUCGCUCUCAGUAACAUCCUGGAGCGGGUGAAAGCUGAGGGCCUACUGGACGUUUUCCAAACUGUGAAGAGUUUACGCAUGCAGAGACCCCACAUGGUGCAGACUGUGGAACAGUAUGAUUUCUGCUAUAAAGUGGUACAAGACUUUGUUGACACCUUCUCGGACUACGCCAAUUUCAAGUGAAUUCUUUGCCUUAAUCUUUCAUUUCUGGGGAAGGGUUUUUUUUUCUUUAGCAAUGCUCUUUGGUCAGGAAGUCUUUUUUAACUGAAUGAAAUGAAGAUGUCCUGUUUUACUAUGCACUCUUUCUCAAAGGUUACUAUAAGUAUAUAAUAGCUGUACCGUACUGUACUGUAAUAUACGUGCGUUGCUCAGUCAAUGAGAUCUGUAAAUACCAAAAAAAGUCUGAUUUGAUACAAUGAAUGGAAGCAUUUUUCAUGGGCAUUGACAUUGUUAGUUACCUUGGGUCCCAUUGCAGUAAUUAUGUGUAAAAUACAUGUGCUCAUGUUUUAACAUUGUUUUUUGCCAAUUUAAAAUUAUUUUUAAGGAAAAUGCAAUACACAAUAUUUAUACUACUGUAGUUUAUGUAAAUUCUGUUUUUAUGUAAAGUUGCUGAAUAUGCUCUCAAUAACAUUUUCCCUAAAUAUUGAAAAAUGUCUAUAAUUGUCAACUUUUAUUUAUGCCAACUGUAGACGAGUUUACAAAGAAUGUUAUAUGUGAAAUGGUCUUUGUAAAAUUGAGGAGGAAAAACAAUAUUGAAUAUUGAAUAUAGAAUUUUUUUAUUUCAGAUGAAACACAAUGGGCAGCAAUCAAACCAGAUUUAAAAACAGUAGGUAGUAAAUGUAUCAUCCACAAAAUGAAAAUGUUACAAAAUUCAAGCUGACAGUAAAAAAAAAUGCAUUUAAAAAAAAGGAUUUAAGGAUUUCCACAUUCGGUGUAUGUGAUUUCCAGCUGAGAAAAUCAGUUUACGAUCACUGUUAAAAAUGAAUAAAACUGGAUUUUACAUUUUGCCUAAUAUUCAGAAGUGAUUGGGAGUUCUGACUGAAGCUCGUAUUGCUGACCACACAGCUGUGUCUAGGUCAGAUUGGCUCUUCCCAAAAUGGCAGCUGUGUGGAUGGAACUACAGCAAGAGGAUACAAAUGGUUAAUAUGCCCUCUGGUGUUAUAGUGCAGAGGUUUCCAAACUGUUAGGGUUUUCUAAACAUCUCAUCACUGUACAUUUGUCAUUUGUACAGUAUAUUUGCAUGAGCAUAGUGAUUAGAAAACAACAUAUUUCUGAUCUGGUUAGAAUGGUCACCAGGUGACUUUAAUUCUGUAAGAUUGGCAUAUUUGUAGCACAUUUAUGUCAAAGCUAUAUACUGUAGAUGUCAAUUGCACCAAACGAAGGUCACAUGUCUCGUAAAAAACGAGUUCCUCUUAAACCCAGUGAAAAUGGGUGCUUUACUCAGAAGGCAUAAAUUAAGCUAUUAAUUCGUAUACGAUCCUUGGUGAUCCUUUUUUAAAAAACGUUUUAACAAUAACUGCUGAUUUCAGAAUGUCUUUGUAAAAACAAACUAACACACUUUCUGUGUAAUUUCUUUUCUGACCAAAUGUACCUCACCAGAAACACCUGAAAAGGCGAUAACCGAUGGACUGGGUUUGUGAUAAUUUUUCAACGGCUCGGAUAAUUCUGACGUGAUUGUUAAGUUCCCUUGUGUACAGAAUUGCAGGCUGGGAUUUUACGUUUGCUAGAGAGCGAGCGCAAUAUUGAUCCUUAGGUUUUUGCUUGUCGGUUGAGUCUAUGGAGUUGACGGUGUCUUUGUAAAUGCGGGUUGUGACAUUAAAUACCGUGAUCCAAAACAA